GCCCGCCCGCCCGGGUCUGUUUUCUCCCUCGAGAAGAAAGGCAGCAGCCAAAGUUCCCUCGUUCGAAAAGUGAGGGAAGAAGGAGGAGGAAGAAGGGAGGAGAGGAAAAGGAAAAGCAAGAGGAGGAUGCGCCUCUUCGCCUUCCGGCGGCUGGACCGUUUCUGGGGAGGCGCCUGAAAAAAAAGAAGAAGAAGCCGCGGGAGGAAACGCCAAGCUUGGGAAGCAUCGGCGAGACCUCGUCUCUCUCUCUGCUGGGGACGCCAACAUGAGCAAGCCGGCGGGAUCAACAAGCCGGAUUUUGGACAUUCCCUGUAAAGUGUGUGGUGAUCGCAGCUCUGGCAAGCACUAUGGGGUCUACGCCUGUGAUGGGUGCUCUGGGUUUUUCAAGCGAAGCAUCAGAAGAAACAGGACCUAUGUCUGCAAAUCUGGAAACCAGGGAGGCUGCCCAGUGGACAAGACGCACAGGAACCAAUGCAGGGCCUGUCGGCUGAAGAAAUGUUUGGAAGUCAACAUGAAUAAAGAUGCUGUUCAACAUGAAAGGGGACCAAGGACAUCCACAAUAAGGAAACAAGUAGCUCUGUAUUUCAGAGGACACAAGGAAGAUAAUGGAGCCACGCCACACUUCCCUUCUGCCGCUCUCCCUGCCCCGGCUUUCUUCACCACAGUUACACAACUGGAACCUCAUAAUCUAGAACUGGGUGCCGUUUCAACGACUCCAGAAAGGCAGAGCUUGGUGGGACUGGCUCAACCAACUCCAAAGUAUCCACAUGAAGUCAGUGGUACUCCCAUGUAUCUCUAUGAAGUGGCUACUGAAUCAGUUUGUGAAUCCGCAGCACGGCUUCUCUUCAUGAGCAUUAAAUGGGCUAAGAGCGUGCCAGCUUUUUCUACCCUUUCAUUACAAGACCAGCUGAUGCUUUUGGAAGAUGCUUGGAGGGAACUGUUUGUUCUAGGAAUAGCACAAUGGGCCAUUCCAGUUGAUGCUAACACUCUACUGGCUGUGUCGGGCAUGAACGGUGACAACACAGAUUCUCAAAAGCUAAAUAAGAUUAUCUCAGAAAUACAGGCGUUACAAGAGGUUGUGGCUAGAUUUCGACAGCUUCGGUUAGAUGCUACAGAAUUCGCCUGCCUCAAAUGCAUUGUCACUUUUAAAGCUGUACCUACGCACAGUGGUUCAGAACUCAGAAGUUUUAGAAAUGCUGCUGCCAUUGCAGCUCUUCAAGACGAAGCCCAGCUCACCCUGAACAGCUACAUCCAUACUAGGUAUCCCACACAGCCUUGCCGUUUUGGGAAACUCUUGCUGCUCUUGCCAGCUUUACGCUCCAUUAGCCCCUCGACAAUAGAAGAAGUCUUUUUCAAAAAAACCAUUGGAAAUGUGCCAAUUACAAGACUGCUUUCAGAUAUGUACAAAUCCAGUGACAUAUAGACAGAGCUGAAGAGGGACAAAAUGGUCAAAGUGACAGCUUAUUAUGAAUUCUUUUUAAUCAGCGGAGAGCAAGCCUCAACAAAACCGACUCUACAAGAAGCUGAAGCUUGAAAAUGUUUAACCUAUUGACAAAAUGAAAUCCAAUAAACAAGAGCUCUUGAAGCCUUGAACCAACCAAUUUGAGACUGUGGGUAAAGUACUGUGCUCCAAAAAGACUGGUCUAAAUUUGGCAGCUGCUUCUCCUAUAGCCAUUUGGUUGAACCAAUUGAGUUGUCAUUCAGUUAACAAAAGCUUGUACUAGUCUGUCCUUUAGGUGGCAGAUUUGUCAGAAUAAAAAAAGGUAUUUUAGCAUUUGUUUUUUUCAUAAUUUGAAAAAAAGGGUAACCAAACAUCAUUCUGUUGUCAUGUGUAAUGAGGUGGCCUUCAAAAUAUCAUUUCCUCUCCAAAAUACUUUCUUGGUGAAUCCAUUUUUAUAAGGGGGGGGGAUAUUAAAUACCAGGUUAUCAAACCAUGUCCUUCAGUUCCAACGUAUAAUAAAAGUGGCCUUGGCUUUAUAAGGAGUAAAGUAUUUUGGAAUCACAUUGCCUGUUUAAAAACAGUAAUAAAGCAACAAACUUCACAUAUAAGUCUUGGCAAUGUUUCCGUUCAGUUUAGCAUCUCAGACAGAAGAGCUUUAAAAAAGUUUUAUUAAAACCACUUGUUAAGUGAAGACUAAACAGCAAAACCAAAUAAAAGAAAAUAGAGAGGAUAGAGUGAAGUCAUUGCUGUCCCACUGGCAUAGUGCUGAAACCAAAGGCAAUGGGUCCAAACUCUUUGUCAAUGAGAUGUAUAAGAAGGUACCUAACCUACAACAAACAGCUUGAAAUCUUACAAAAGGUGGAAAGGCUGAUUGAUCAAUACAAACCUAAUAGUCUAGCAGUUUUUAGAAAAUCCCAGGUUCCAAUAAAAGUCUUUCUCUCUCAUCUCCCUUCCCAUUUGCCCACCUAGACCCACAAAAACCUGUAUAAUGGGAUGCUUAAUUUGACGAGACUUAUCAAAAAUGUAGGAGAAAAUGAAAGAUAACUGCUGUACUUUUAAAGUUUUUAUUUGUUUUAGGAACUAGCACUGAGAAAAGAGGUUCAGCACUUGAAGUAUCAUAGAAUGAAUAAAACUUCUCCUGUACAAAAGUGGAUUAACUGAUUUGUGAAGUUAAGGUUGUACUCAUUGUAUCUACAAAAAAUAAAAAUAU